CAAGAUCUGGUCCUGACAUUGUUAUGAAUCAUCAAACUCAGGACACAAACCAAGAUCUCUGCUAGAGGAAAACCUUUCCUCCAUGUUCAGGUUUUGAGCUUCUUCAGAGCAGUGAAGAAAAAUGUCUCAAUUUAUGAAGUUCUUUCUCUUUCUUUAUGAUUCUCUCCCACCUUCCUCUUGGUUUCUGGUCCAAAGACACAACUUAGUAUUAUCAUCAGAUGCAGACGAGAUCGUUAGAAGUGGCAUUAUUGGAGAAAUUGGAUACAUUUGGAAGGAGACAAGAAUCUUUCUCUUUAUACCAAUCUUGAAAUUCUUAGUGACAUUAUGUUUAGUGAUGUCAUUUUUGCUGUUCAUAGAAAGAGUUUAUAUGAGCAUAGUUGUAGUGAUUGUGAAAAUACUUAGAAGAACACCUGAGAAAGUACACAAAUGGGAAGCUAUAAAAGAUGAUGAUCUUGAGCUGGCCAACACAAACUACCCAAUGGUUCUUAUCCAGAUCCCAAUGUACAAUGAAAAAGAGGUUUGUCAGUUAUCUAUAGGAGCAGCCUGCAGGCUAUCUUGGCCGUUGGAUCGAAUGAUAGUUCAAGUUCUUGAUGAUUCCACAGAUCCAGCUAAAUGUGAUAAAUGGGCUAGAAGAGGCAUAACCAUAAUGUCAGAGAUUCGAGAUAACAGAGUCGGAUACAAAGCAGGAGCAUUAAAGGCAGGGAUGAUGCACAACUAUGUGAAACAAUGCGAAUUUGUGGCCAUUUUCGAUGCUGAUUUUCAGCCUGAUCCUGACUUCUUAGCUCGAACCAUUCCUUUUCUUAUUCACAACCAUGAAAUCGCCCUUGUUCAAAGCCGUUGGAAGUUUGUGAAUGCAGACGAGUGUUUGAUGACAAGAAUGCAAGAGAUGUCACUAAACUACCAUUUCUUGGCUGAGCAAGAAUCUGGAUCUUCAAUCCAUGGUUUCUUUGGAUUCAAUGGAACCGCAGGUGUUUGGAGAAUCGCAGCUUUAAACGAAGCUGGAGGAUGGAAAGAUCGAACAACUGUAGAAGACAUGGAUUUAGCUGUAAGAGCUUGUCUUCAUGGAUGGAAAUUUGUCUAUGUCCAUGACGUUGAGGUGAAAAAUGAAUUGCCAAGCACAUUCAAAGCAUACCGAUUUCAACAACACAGAUGGUCUUGUGGACCAGCUAAUCUCUGGAGAAAGAUGACAAUGGAGAUUCUACAGAACAAGAAAGUGUCUGCGUGGAAGAAAUUGUAUCUCAUAUACAAUUUCUUCUUCAUAAGGAAGAUUGUAGUACACAUCUUCACAUUUGUCUUCUACUGUCUGAUUUUACCAACAAUCGUUCUGUUUCCUGAGCUCCAAGUUCCUAAAUGGGCAACUGUUUAUGUUCCUACUACAAUCACUAUCCUUAACGCUCUCGCUACACCUCGAUCACUCCAUCUUCUUGUAUUUUGGAUCUUAUUCGAGAAUGUUAUGUCGAUGCAUCGCACAAAGGCGACUUUCAUCGGGCUACUAGAGGCAGGACGGGUUAAUGAAUGGGUUGUUACUGAAAAACUAGGCGAUACUCUCAGGUCUAAGUUAAUAGCUAAAGCUACAACUAAGCUUUAUACCAGAUUUGGACAAAGAAUAAAUUGGAGGGAACUUGUUGUUGGGUUGUAUAUUUUCCUCUGCGGAUGCUACGAUUUCGCUUAUGGAGGAUCAUACUUCUAUGUUUAUCUGUUUUUACAGGCUUGUGCAUUUUUUGUUGCUGGAGUUGGUUAUAUUGGCACUAUUGUUCCUACCGUUUAGACAGACUGAAGUUUUUGUAUUUGAGAAACAAAUGUUAUUGCUAUUGAUUUAGAACAAUUAGUGAUGAUUGAUCUUGGUUGAACAAAGUUUAACUCUUCUAAUUUC